AUGACUGAAUUGAGUGACAAACAAAUGACAAAACUGACUGUGAAAGUGAAUACUGAAUGCAAACACAGUGUUCACGGAUUGACGUCUAUAGAUAAAGCAAAUACAAUUUAUGUCCAAACAUGGAGAAGUCCUGAAGGAUUAGGAGGGUAUCAGUGCUCGCACUUCAAUAAUCUCGUUUGUGAAAAGGGCACAAAUCUUAUUUCAUUGAAUAUGAGUUCCAGCGUUAGAAAGAGUGUAAUAUAUCGCAGAAAGUCAUCGUUUUAUGGCAUAGAUAUUGAAGUAAGCGAUCACUCGGACAGAAAACCAUCACUUCUCGUAUAUUUGGCCGCAUUUUCCGCACUAAUGGGUGCCAUAUGUAAGGGAUGUGUAUUUGGCUGGAGCGCACCGGCAUUGGAUGACCUCUCGAGACCCGAUUCUGUGCCUCAAAUCACUGAUGAAGACUCCAAUGUGAAGGCAUGGAUCGGUAGUAUCAUUACAUUGGGAGCUCUGGCGGGCGGCUUAAUAUCAGGCCGCAGAAAGGCACUCAUAUUUUAUGGUAUUCCCUUCACAUUGGGUUGGAUUUUAUUAAUUGUGGCCAAAAGUGUGUCCCUUAUAAUUGUGGGCCGAGUUGUCACUGGAUUUUGUUGCGGAUUAGUCAGCGGCGCCUACCCAGACAGUUGGGGGAUCAAUACAUUCAUUUUCGGGUCAUUCCUCCACUGGAAUCACUUGGCGAUUGUCGGUAUGUCUGCGGCCAUCACAAUGACAGUCCUAAUGGUAUUAAUGCCGGAAUCGCCCGUUUGGCUCAUCAAUAGAUACCAGGACUCAGACCUCGUUAUGCAGUCAUUGAUACGAUUGCGACAAAGAGAUAGCGAUUUGUUGAUUGAAUUGAAGGAACUGGAGAAGAGUGUCGAUACAAACCCCACCAAUAGCUACACUAAUCAAACAAAUUCAGCGUUAAGUCGAUGGAUAUCCCAAUUGAAACGCCCGGAGCUCUAUAAGCCGUUCAUCAUAUCCCUGGCCGUCAUGUUCUUCCAACAGGCGUCGGGUAUCAGUGCCGUUGAGUUCUUCACGACUGAGAUCUUCAUAGAGGCGGGCAGUUCCCUACGGCCCAGUGUGGCCACCAUUAUAGUGGGCGCCGCUAUGGUGGGCGCCACCCUUGUGGGCAGUCUACUCACUGACCGUUUGGGCCGUAAGAUCCUGUUAAUAGUGUCGGGAGUGGGUUAUGUGGUCAGCGCCGGACUCAUGGGUCUCUAUUACUAUCAAUACUCGCCCCAUACUUAUACAGACGUUUCAAACUUCACGUUCAACUCUGCGGCAACUAUGGUAGCGCCGGUAGCUGAAGAGCAUAUCGUGUCAACAGUGGGAUGGCUACCCAUAUUCAGUAUCAUAUUAUAUGUGGUGGCGUUUUCCAUAGGGUUUGGACCUAUAGGUUGGAUGUUGUUCCCGGAGAUAACCCCCAGCUAUGCCAUUGGGUACGUGAGCUCAGCCGUACAGUCGGUGCACUGGUUGACAGCAUUUGCCUGCAGUUAUAACUUCGAUAUAAUGGAGCAAACGUUGACCAGAUUUGGCACUUUCUGGAUGUUUGCGGCCAUCAGUGUGUUUAGUGUGGUAUUUGUCGUACUCUUUGUGCCCGAGACUAAAGGUCUGUCCAAAGACGAGAUCACAUCCAUGUUUGCCGUCAAUAGACGUCUCGAAAUGAAAUCAACACUAUUUGUGGUCAAGUCAUUGGUGGUGGUGUUGAUGUCUGUCCACAAUUUGGAUCAAAUUCUGUGUCAGAGCUUCUUCAUAGCGGGUAAUCCACGGCCACUAUAUACCCCAGAAGUGCAUACCGGCUAUUAUGACAUCUGGUACCCGGGCUAUCAACACGACAACCCCAAGCCCUGGCACUAUAGGGGAGCCGUGCCUUUCGGUCUACCACUGGGCGGUUACGCCGCGAAUGGACAGCCCUUUGGACUGACAUCCUAUUUGGUUGGCCGAAGUCGACGUGACAAUCAUGGGUGGGAACGGGUGCUUAGAACUCGUCCUUCGGAAAGUUGGGGUCGUCCCAGAAGUAGUCCCGACAUCUAA